AUGUCAGUUGAAGAAAAAAAACACAGACUUGAAGAGUUGAAAGAUCAGAAUGUGGUACUUGGACUUGCAAUCCAAAGGUCAAGACUUUCGGUAAAAAGACUCAAAUUAGAGUACGGUGUUUUACUGGAGAGGUUGGAAUCUAGGAUAGAACUUGAUCCUGAAUUAAAUUGCGAGGAUCCAUUGCCGACCCUGGCCUCAUUCAAACAGGAACUGUUGACGAAACCGUUUCGAAAAUCGAAAACCAAAAGACAUAAAGUAAAGGAAAGAGAUCCAAAUAUGCCUAAGAGGCCCACAAAUGCUUAUUUAUUGUAUUGCGAAAUGAACAAAGAAAGAAUUAGGCAGAAUGGUUCUUUGGACGUAACAAGAGAUCUGGCGGAAGGCUGGAAAAAUCUUAAUGAACAGGAUAGGAAACCGUACUAUAAGCUUUAUAGUGAGGACAGAGAAAGGUACCAGAUGGAAAUGGAAAUAUAUAAUAAAAAAAUAUCUAAUGUAGAUGCAGACGAUGACAAGGAAGAAAACGAACAGAAGAUAAAAAACAACGAGGACGGAUCAUCUACUAGAGUGGAUGAAUCCAAAGGAGGUGAAGACGGAACUUUAAUUUCCUCUAACUGA